AUGCUUACAACUUUUGGUUUAGCCGGAAUUGUGGGUUACCAUACGGUCUGGGAAGUGGUACCGGCUCUGCAUUCACCACUGAUGUCUGUGACCAAUGCGAUAUCGGGUAUUACGGCUGCGGCAGCGGUUUGUGUGAUGGGUGGUGGAUUGUAUCCAACAAAUUCAGCACAAGCACUAGCAGCAGCUGCCACGUUCUUUUCCGCUAUCAAUAUUGGCGGUGGUUUCCUGAUCACAAAACGAAUGCUGGAUAUGUUCUGGAGGCCAACCGAUCCACCAGAAUAUAAUUAUCUGUACGCAAUUCCGGGAGCGGCAUUUCUGGGUGCGUACGGAUACGGCUUGAAGAAUGGUUAUCCAGAAAUACAUUCGCUAACAUACCUUGGAUCAUCGCUGUGCUGCGUUGGAGCACUGGCUGGUUUAUCGACACAGCGUACUGCUAGACUUGGCAACUGCCUAGGCAUGAUUGGAGUGUCUGGAGGAAUGGCCGCAACACUGGGACAACUUAAUGCCAGUCCUGAAACUUUUAUUCAAAUCGGAACAGCUAUUGGUACCGGGGGACUUAUCGGCACCGUAAUUGCUAAACGAAUUCAGGUAACGGAUCUCCCGCAACUUGUUGCGCUCUUCCAUAGUUUUGUUGGAGCUGCAGCAACGGCAACAUGUGUAGCAAACUUUUUGGUCGAAUAUCCUCAUUUUCUGGCCGAUCCUUCGGGCACUGCGGCCACAAAAGGUGCCCUGUUUCUUGGUGCAUUUAUUGGCGGCGUUACGUUCACUGGUAGUCUUAUG